UCGAUCAGAGACAGUGUAAAAUUGGAUAGCAAGCAGCUACGGAGGAAUUGUUCACGAGUCGACGAAACAUACUCAAGAAAGAAGAACUAAAUCAUAUAAUCCCAGCGAUUCACGAAACGCCCAGGUAUUUACUACGUCGUAGUAGCUUUCGAUAUAAAAAAAAUUGAUAUAACUCAAAAGAGAAUAAUUAAUGCUGUGGGUACAGACUGAAGUAAAGGGAAUGUUUGACCCUGGAAAUGAGAUAUAAAAUAUAUUGGCUUCUAAAAUGCCAAUUCUUGUACUGCAUGUUCUCUUCUUGGAAUCUAGUGUUUGGACAGAUUCGUUAUUUGAUUCCUGAAGAACUACAACUCGGCGCCUUUGUUGGGAAUAUCGCUGAGGAUCUCAGCUUGGAUAUAAAGCAGCUCUCGGCUCGCAAUUUGCGGAUAGUAACCGGGCCCAAGAAACAAUGUGUGGAUAUAAAUUUGGACACUGGCAUUUUAAUUGUGACGAAAACAAUUGACAGAGAAGAGAUUUGCGGACAGAGCCUCAGUUGUGCGUUAAACUUUGACGUUUUCCUUGAAAACCCUUUAAAGCUGUACCAGGUUACAGUGGAGAUUCUCGAUGUAAAUGACAAUGCUCCUGGUUUUCCAAAUACACCAUUCCGCCUAGAAAUCUCAGAGCGGUCGCUUCCAGGGACGCGCUUUCAACUCGAGCCCGCGCACGACCUGGAUGUUGGAGCUAAUUCCGUACAAACCUACGAGCUCCUUCCGAACGAUUAUUUUAUCCUCGAUGUGCAAAUGCGCGGUGGUAAAGAGAAGUCUCCAGUGCUGGUUCUGCAGAGACCUUUGGACAGAGAAACGGAAUCCAGCUGCAGGUUGACGCUGAUAGCCAAAGAUGGUGGUGUGCCUGUCAGAUCGGGCACGGCUCAGAUCACAAUUGUGGUAAACGAUGCAAACGAUAAUGCUCCUGUCUUCCCGCAGUCAGUUUACAGAGUCAGUCUAUUGGAGAAUGCAGCCAAAGGAACUCACGUAAUUAUAUUAAAUGCCACUGACUUGGACAGUGGUGUCAAUGGAGAGAUAAACUAUUCUUUUGGUCGCUACACUUCAGCUCGAGUUCGGGAAAUGUUUGCCCUGAAUUCCAGAACUGGUGAAAUCAGCGUGAAAGGCAAGUUGGACUAUGAAGAAAACGACGCCUUUGGAAUUAACAUACAAGCUACAGAUGGAGGUCCAGACGCGAUGUCGGGACACUGUGAGGUUUUAGUAAAUAUUAUUGAUGUGAAUGACAAUCCACCUGAAGUGACGUUGACUUCUUCAUCGAGUAUAAUCUCGGAAGAUGCGCCAGUCGAGACUGUAGUCGCUCUGUUCACUGCAGCAGAUAAAGAUUCAGGCACCAACGGGCAGAUAGAAUGUCAGAUUUCAAAUAAUCUGCCAUUUAAUCUGGAUUCCUCUCUAAAGAAUUAUUAUGGAUUACUUGUUCAUCGUCCACUGGAUCGUGAAAAUACCGCCAAGUAUGACGUUGCAAUAACAUGCACAGAUUUCGGGAAUCCUCCUCUUUCAUCCCAGAAAACCAUUCGGGUAGAGGUUUCCGAUAUAAACGACAAUGCGCCCCAUUUCAGGCAAUCUUUAUUUACAACAAACGUUUUGGAGAAUAAUGCUGUAGGUGCUUCUAUAUUUUCCAUUACAGCCUUUGAUGCCGAUAGUGGAGUGAACGCUCGACUGAAAUAUUCGAUUCUGGAGACUCAAAUUCAUAACGAGUCUGUAUUCAAUUACAUCUUUAUUAACUCGGAUACCGGUGUCAUAUUUGCGCAGAGAUCUUUUGACUACGAGGAAUUGAAAAACUUUCAGAUUCAAGCUCAGGUCAUGGACUCUGGGACUCCAUCACUCGCAAAUAAUGUUUCAGUGGAUGUUAUUAUCCUCGAUCAGAAUGACAAUGCUCCAGUCAUUGUGCAGCCUAUAGUCGAAUUUGGGUCGACAGCAGUCGAGACAAUUUCCAGAUUUGCAGAACCAGGGUAUUUGGUGGCCAAGGUAUCUGCCACUGACGCUGACGCAGGUCAGAAUGCUUACCUUUCUUAUUCGAUUUUUCAAGCUACCCAGCAUAACCUUUUUACUAUUUCACCAGACUCUGGGGAGAUUUGGAUAAUCCGCCAUAUCGUUACUCGAGAUGCCUCAAAGCAAAGAUUGGUGAUUCUGGUAAAAGAUAAUGGAUCACCAUCUCUUUCUGCCUCAGUCACCAUUAUCUUAUCUGUGGUUGGUGGGGACGCUGAAACAUUCUCCAGCGUCAGUAGUUCAUCUGAAAAUCCCAGGUUCAUUCCUGAUCUGAGCCUUUCCUUGGUCAUCGCAUUAGGAACCAUUUCUAGCAUUUUUCUCGUCAUUUUAAUUGUCCUCGCUAUGAAGAUUCAUAAAAGCAGGAAUCCACUGGGUGCUCAGCACUGUUCUCUGGGCGUUUGUUGUUGCCUUCAAACCAGACAAUCUCUGAAUGGAAUUCAAAAGGCUAGUAGAAACGUACAGAUUCCCCCAAAUUACGUUGAGGUAUUCGGUGGUGACCCACUUUCUCAGAGUUUCCGCUAUGAGUCGUGUUCAACGUUGCAGUCAACGCGGCGAGACUACAUAAUGCCCAACACUUACAGGUCAUCCACGGACAAAAAGUAUGCCCAGAACGAUUGUAUUGGUAAACAGGAUCCAGAAUUGCUGCAUACUGAGAAGAUCAGAAACCAUUUGAAUAAUGAGAUUCGUUAUUUGAUUCCUGAAGAACUACAACUCGGCGCCUUUGUUGGGAAUAUCGCUGAGGAUCUUAGCUUGGAUAUAAAGCAGUUCUCGGCUCGCAAUUUGCGGAUAGUAACCGGGCCCAAGAAACAAUAUGUGGAUAUAAAUUUGGACACUGGCAUUUUAAUUGUGACGAAAACAAUUGACAGAGAAGAGAUUUGCGGACAGAGCCUCAGUUGUGCGCUAAGCUUGGAUGUUUUCCUUGAAAACCCUUUAAAGCUGAACCAGGUUACAGUGGAGAUUCUCGAUGUUAAUGACAAUGCUCCUAGCUUUCCAAAUACACAAUUCCGCCUAGAAAUCUCAGAGCGGUCUAUUCCAGGAGCGCGUUUUCCACUCGAACCUGCGCACGAUCUGGAUGUUGGAGCUAAUUCCGUACAAACCUACGAGCUCCUUCCGAACGAUUAUUUUAUUCUCGAUGUGCAAAUGCGCGGUGGUAAAGUGAAGUCUCCAGUGCUGGUUCUGCAAAGAUCUUUGGACAGAGAAACGGAAUCCAGCUGCAGGUUGACGCUAACAGCGAAGGACGGUGGUGUCCCUGUCAGAUCGGGCACGGCUCAGAUCACAAUUGUUGUAAACGAUACGAACGACAAUGCUCCUGUUUUCCCGCAGUCAGUUUACAGAGUCAGUCUAUUGGAGAAUGCAGCCAAAGGAACUCACGUAAUUAUAUUAAAUGCCACUGACUUGGACAGUGGUGUCAAUGGAGAGAUAACCUAUUCUUUUGGUCGCUACACUUCAGCUCGAGUUCGGGAAAUGUUUGCCCUGAAUUCCAGAACUGGUGAAAUCAGCGUGAAAGGCAAGUUGGACUAUGAAGAAAACGACGCCUUUGAAAUCAAUAUACAAGCUACAGAUGGAGGUCCAGACGUGAUGUCGGGACACUGUGAGGUUCUGGUAAACAUUAUUGAUGUGAAUGACAAUCCACCUGAAGUGACUUUGACUUCUUUAUCGAGUAUAAUCUCGGAAGAUGCGCCCGUCGAGACUGUAGUCGCUCUGUUCACUGCAGCAGACAAAGAUUCAGGCACCAACGGGCAGGUAGAAUGUCAGAUUUCAAAUAAACUACCAUUUAAAUUGGAUUCCUCUUUAAAGAAGUAUUAUGGAAUACUUGUUCAUCGUCCACUGGAUCGUGAAAAUACCGCCAAGUAUGACGUUGCAAUAACAUGCACAGAUUUCGGGAAUCCUCCUCUUUCAUCCCAGAAAACCAUUCGGGUGGAGAUUUCCGAUAUAAACGACAAUGCGCCCCAUUUCAGGCAAUCUUUACUUACAACAAACGUUUUGGAGAAUAAUGCUGUAGGUGCUUCUAUAUUUUCCAUUACAGCCUUUGAUGCCGAUAGUGGAGUGAACGCUCGACUGAAGUAUUCUAUUCUGGAGACUCAAAUUCAUAACGAGUCUGUAUUCAAUUACAUCUCUAUUAACUCGGACACUGGUGUCAUAUUCGCGCAGAGAUCUUUUGACUAUGAGGAGUUGAAAAACUUUCAGAUUCAAGCUCAGGUCAUGGACUCUGGGACGCCAUCACUCGCAAACAACGUCUCAGUGGAUGUUAUUAUCCUCGAUCAGAAUGACAAUGCUCCAGUCAUUGUGCAGCCAUUAGUCGAAUUUGGGUCGACAGCAGUAGAAACAAUUUCCAGGUUUGCAGAACCAGGGUAUUUGGUGGCCAAGGUAUCUGCCACUGACGCUGACGCAGGUCAGAACGCUCGCCUUUCUUAUUCGAUUUUUCAAGCUACCCAGCAUAACCUUUUUACUAUUUCUCCAGACUCUGGGGAGAUUUGGAUAAUCCGUCGUAUCGUUACUCGAGAUGCCUCAAAACAAAGAUUGGUGAUUCUGGUAAAAGAUAAUGGAUCACCAUCUCUUUCUGCCUCAGUCGCCAUUAUCUUAUCUGUGAUUGGUGGAGACGCUGAAACAUUCUCCAGCGUCAGUAGUUCAUCUGAAAAUCCCAGGUUCAUUCCUGAUCUGAGCCUUUCCUUGGUCAUCGCAUUAGGAACCAUUUCUAGCAUUUUUCUCGUCAUUUUAAUUGUCCUCGCUGUGAAGAUUCAUAAAAGCAGGAAUCCACUGGGUGCUCAGCACUGUUCUCUGGGCGUUUGUUGUUGCCUUCAAACCAGACAAUCUCUGAAUGGAAUUCAAAAGGCUAGUAGAAACGUACAGAUUCCCCCAAAUUACGUUGAGGUAUUCGGUGGCGACCCACUUUCUCAGAGUUUCCGCUAUGAGUCGUGUUCAACGUUGCAAUCAACGCGGCGAGACUACAUAACGCCCACCACUUACAGGUCAUCCACGGACAAAAAGUAUGCCCAGAACGAUUGUAUUGGGAAACAGGAUCCAGAAUUGCUGCAUACUGAGAAGAUCAGAAACCAUUUGAAUAAUGAGGUGAGCCACUUCGAGAAUGGGAAUAAGAUCCUGGCAGCUUUGAUUUGUUUUUGUGUUUCAAGCAACGUGGGCAUCAUUGUUUGGCAAACAUUAUUGUAUAGCUCCGGUUGUCCUGAAAAAACUAGUUUCCACGGGGCUUCCUCAACUGGUGUCUUUCAGGUGGCAUUGAUGCAUUCAUUCAGUAUUUAA